CCUAGGGUGACCAACAAGGUUGGCUCCAACGUCACCUUGAUCAAUGUCAUGCAGAUUGCCGGACUCAACACCCUCGGCAUCUCAAUCGCGCGCAUCGACUAUGCUCCCUUGGGCCAGAACCCACCACAUACGCACCCCCGCGCCACUGAGAUCCUCACAGUGCUCGAGGGGACACUAUACGUUGGCUUUGUCACAUCCAACCUGCCCGCCCCAGCCAGAAACAAGUUCUUCUCGAAGGUGCUCAACAAAGGUGAUGUGUUUGUCUUCCCCGUGGGGCUCAUCCACUUCCAAUUCAACCCCAACCCCCAUCAGCCCGCCGUUGCAAUUGCCGCGCUCAGCAGCCAGAACCCAGGGGCUAUCACAAUUGCCAAUGCAGUGUUUGGGUCAGACCCACCAAUAUCCGAUGAUGUUCUUGCCAAGGCGUUUCAGGUGGAAAAGAAUACAAUAGACUGGCUCCAGGCUCAGUUCUGGGAGAACAACCACAACUAAGUGAAAGGUUGGCUGAUUACACAGAAGACCAGUGCGCAAAUUAAGGACAUGUUUGAGUUUCUAGAUAUGUAUCCUAAUCUAUAAAAUAAAUGGAGCAUAUGCCAUUCCAUUCCGUGUCUGUAAUGAGUGAAUGUACUUCUACCUUCAGAAUAAUUGACAAUAUCGUUGUUUAUCACA